GGCCUGCGGGGCUGCCCUCUGGGCCCCGGGAGCAGACACCAGACCCGGGCCAUGUCUGGGAAGCGGAGCCGAGCUCGCAGGGCCCGAGCCAGGAGGGCGGGCAGGGCCCAGCAGGCCGCAGGGCAGCGGGGCCCUGAGGCCAAGCCCCCUCCCUCCCACGCAGAGGGCCCUCAGGAUGAGACAGGGGUGGCCCCUGUGGGGCACGUGACCAGCAGCAAGCCAGCUCCCCGGGGACACCCCAGGGCAGCCAGGCCAGAGCAGCCACAGGCAGCAGAGAGGCCAGUGCCGGCCGCUGCUCCCGGGUCCCAGCUCGCGCUCGUCCCCGCUGUGGACAUGGAAGGCUGCCGGGUCGGGGGCCUCAUGCCCAACUCGGGCCCCGGGCUGCUGAGGCCCCAUGAGGUCCCACUGUGCCUGGCCCGGGAGCAGCUGCUGCUGGAGGACCGGCGACGGCAGGUCCAGCUGCAGAUGCAGCUGUGGCAGGAGGAGCAGCUGUGGCUGCAGCAGCUACAGGAGGAGCAGCUGUGGCGAGAGCAGCUGUGGCAGGAGGAGCAGCUGUGGCUGCAGCAGCUGCAGGAGGAGCAGGCCUGGGUGCGCAUGGAGGGGCUGGAGCUGGCCAUGGCCCUGGAGCGACUCCGGAGCGAGGGCCUUGAGGCGCUGCCGGCCCAAGGCCAGGCCCCGGGCCCCAACAUGGCCCGCCGCUCCCAGAGCUCCUCGCAGGGGGACAACCCGUUGGCGCCCGGGUACCUGCCGCCGCACUACAAAGAGUACUACCGGCUGGCGGUGGACGCACUGGCCGAGGGCGGGCCGGAGGCCUACAGCCGCUUCCUGGCCUCGGAGGGCGCGCCUGCCUUCCUGUGUCCCGAGGAACUGGACCACGUGACCCGCCACCUGCAGCCCCCACAGCACGUCACCCACGACCCCCCUGAAGGCAGCCCUCCCAACGUGGACAUGGAUGGCUCCUCGGGCACCUACUGGCCCAUGAACUCUGACCAGGCAGUGCCUGAGCUUGACCUGGGCUGGCCCCUGACCUUCGGCUUCCAGGGCACUGAGGUCACGACGCUGGUGCAGCCACCGCCGCCCGACAGCCCCAGCAUCAAGGACGAGGCCCGAAGGAUGAUCCGCUCUGCCCAGCAGGUGGUGGCCGUGGUGAUGGACAUGUUCACCGACGUGGACCUGCUCAGCGAAGUGCUGGAGGCCGCUGCGCGCCGCGUCCCCGUCUACAUCCUCCUGGACGAGAUGAACGCACAGCACUUCCUGGACAUGGCCGACAAGUGCCGCGUCAACCUGCACCACGUGGAUUUUCUGCGCGUGCGCACUGUGGCAGGCCCCACCUACUACUGCCGCACUGGGAAGUCCUUCAAGGGCAACGUCAAGGAGAAGUUCCUCCUGGUGGACUGUGCCGUGGUGAUGAGUGGCAGCUACAGCUUCAUGUGGUCCUUCGAGAAGAUCCACCGCAGCCUGGCGCACGUGUUCCAGGGUGAGCUGGUGUCCAGCUUCGAUGAGGAGUUCCGCAUCCUCUUCGCGCAGUCUGAGCCGCUGGUGCCCACGGCCGGGGCGCUGGCCCGCAUGGACGCUUACGCCCUGGCUCCGUACUCGGGGGCCGGGCCCCUCGUGGGCGGCCCGGGGACCGGAGCGCCAACCCCUUUCUCCUUCCCCAAACGAGCGCACCUUCUGUUCCCACCGCCUAGGGAAGAGGGCCUGGGCUUCCCCUCCUUCCUAGACCCUGACCGCCACUUCCUGUCUGCCUUCCGCCGGGAGGACCCGCUGCGGAUGCCCGGGGGGAUGCCGGGCGGCGCCCUGGAGCCGCACGCGGGGCUGCGGCCACAGCCACGACGGUGGGACGCAGAGGCCGGGCCAGGUGCAGAGCUCGCCGGCCCGCGGGGCUUCUUCCAGGCGCGGCACCUGGAGAUGGACUCCUUCAAGCGGCACAGCUACGCGGCCGCUGACGGCACCGCCGGCGCCGUGGAGAACUUCGCGGCUGCGCGGCAGGUGUCACGACAGACGUUCCUCAGCCACGGCGACGACUUCCGCUUCCAGACCAGCCACUUCCACCGCGACCAGCUCUACCAGCAGCAUUACCAGUGGGACCCGCAGUCGGCGCCCAUGCGCCCGCAGGGCCUAUUCGAGAAGCUUCGCGUUGGCCGCCCGGGCUUUGCAGACCCCGAGGACAUGGCUUUGGGCGCCGGGCCGCGCUUCCCCGAGCUUGGUGGCCUGGAGGGACACCAGCGGCUGGACUACGUGCCAUCAAGCGAGUCGCGUGAGGUGCGCCACGGUUCGGACCCGGCCUUCGGGGUCGGACCCCGGGGCCUGGAACUCGGUGGGGCCCCACGCCCCAACCUGGGCCAGCGCUUCCCCUGCCAGGCAACAGCAAGGCUGGGCCCUGAGACUGGGCCGGAGGCGGAGCCCGAGCGCAGGGUCGGGCCGGAGGGGCGGGCAGGGCUAAGGCACUGGCGCCUCGCCUCCUACCUGAGCGGCUGCCAUGGCGACGACGCCGGCACGGAGGGCCUGCCGGCGCCCAUGGACACCGAGGCCUACGAAGACGACGUGCUGGCGUCUCCAGGGGGUAGGGCGGCCGCCGGCGACCUGCUUCCCUCGGCCUUCCGAGUGCCCGUGCCCUUCACGGCCAAGGGCCCGGUGUACGGCCCUGGCGGCGGCGGCGGCGAGGGCCCCGAGCGCGAGGGCCUGGAGGAGGCGGGCCUGGCCAAGCAGGACUCGUUCCGCUCGCGCCUGAACCCGCUGAUCCAGCGCAGCUCCCGACUCCGCUCCUCGCUCAUCUUCGCGGCGCAGGCUGAGGGCGCCAGCGGGGCCGCGGGGGCCACCACCGAGAAGGUGCAGGUGCUGCACAAGGAGCAGGCGGUCAGCGAGACUCUGGGCCCUGGGGGCGAGGCCGUGCGCUCUGCCGCCUCCACCAAGGUGGCCGAGCUCCUGGAGAAAUACAAGGGCCCCGCUCGCGACCCUGGCGCCGCAGGGGCUGCGGUCACUGCUGCCAGCCACAGCAAGGCCGUCGUGUCCCAGGCGUGGCGGGAGGAGGUGGCGGCGGGAGGAGGCGGGCCCGGGGGUGCGGGGAGCGAGCGGCGCAGCCUGGAGAGCUGCCUGCUGGACCUCCGCGACUCCUUCGCGCAGCAGCUGCACCAGGAGGCCGAGCGGCAGCCAGGAGCUGCCGCCCUCACGGCCACCCAGCUGCUCGACACGCUGGGCCGGAGCGGCACCAACAGGCUGCCCUCCCGGGCCCUCCUGGGCCAGUCUCAAGGCCUGUCCACCUCCCCACAAGGGCGGGACAGCCCCCCUGUGGAAGCGCCGCACCCCGAGGCGAAAGGGAGCCCCGCCUCGGCCUACCCAGAGCAGAGGGGCAGCCCCACGCCCGGGUUCUCUGCUCACAGAGGCAGCCCGACCGCAGGGUUCACCGCUGAGCCGAAGGGGAGCCCCACCUCAGCCUACCCCGAGCGCAGGGGCAGCCCUGUCCCUGCCUUGCCGGAGCGCAGGGGCAGUCCGGUGCCCCCCGUGCCCGAGCGCAGGGGAAGCCCCGUGCCCGCGGUGCCGGAGCGCAGGAGCAGCCUCACUGCUGCCCUCUCCGGAGAGUCCCCGAAGACCGGCUCCGCGGAGGAAGCGCCCACUGGCCCCAUGGAGGUCCUGCGCAAGGGCUCCCUGCGCCUCCGGCAGCUGCUGAACCCCAAGAGUGAGCGGCGCUCGGAGGACGAGGGCGGCUCCCCGGUGCCGCAGGAGAACGGGCGGCCCGAGAGCCCCCGGCGGCCGUCGCUGAGCCGGGGCGACAGCACGGAGGCCGGCCCUGGGGAGGAGCGGGGCCCCCGGGCGCGCACGGCCUCCGCCACGGCCAACGCCUUGUACAGCAGCAACCUGCGGGACGACACGAAGGCCAUCCUGGAGCAGAUCAGCGCGCACAGCCAGAAGCACCGCGGCGCGCCUGCGCCCACCCCCUCCCCCGCCCACAGCAGCCCGGAGCUGGACCGCCCACCGGCCGCGGGCGGCCUGGCCCCCGACAUGUCCGACAAGGACAAGUGCUCGGCCAUCUUCCGCUCCGACAGCCUGGGGGCCCAGGGCCGGCUCAGCCGCACGCUGCCAGCCAGCAUGGAGGAGCGCGACCGGCUGCUGCGCCGCAUGGAGAGCAUGCGCAAGGAGAAGCGCGUCUACAGCCGCUUCGAGGUCUUCUGCAAGAAGGAGGAGGCCGGCGGCGGGGGCGGGGACGGCCCGGCGGAGGAGGAUGCCAGGGACAGCAAGGUGGGCAAGUUCAUGCCCAAGAUCCUGGGGACGUUCAAAAGCAAGAAGUGAGUCUCCGGGCCCACCGCCCCGGCCAGGGAGCCACGUCACUGCCUCUGGCCAGGCAGAGCACCCGGCCCUCAGCCCAGGCGUUGGGCGCCUGGCUGAGCACAGCUCCGCUGGGCCCCCGGCGCAUGCCCUGCCUCUUACCUCUGCCCUCCCGUUUGGGGGCCGCAGUCGCUCACUGCCCCGGUGCCUUACUCCCCCCAGUUCUCCUGCUCAGCACCCUGCUCUCCAGGCCCCCGCCUCCCUCUGCGGCAUCUGCCUCCAGCCUCUCUCUGGGUUUCAGGUCCCCUUUGGGCCUUCACUCACCUCAGGGACCCAUCUCUCUGUGCCUUAGUCCCCGGCUCUCGGGGGCCUGUGUCUCAGGGCCACCCCCUGCCCAGGGCCUCCUGGCUGCACUGUGGCUGCACUCUGCUGGCCCACCUCAGGGCCCACGGUCUCCAUCUCAGGCAGCUCGGGGCUUCCUGCCCUGUCCAUCUGCCUCCUGACCCCUUUCUCGGUGGCCCAUCCUUUUGCUGUAGGGAGGCAGAGUGCCCUGGAAGGGCUGCCCUGCCCCUAGGGAAGACCUGAAGCAGAACUGACUGCCCCCCACACUGGCCCCACAAGGCUCCCGGCCAGGAGUGACAGCACCAGGCCUCAGGGGCGGGUGACGUGGGGCCCCAGCCUGGUGAAGGGCCCCGCACACCCUGGCAGGCGGGUGGGCUGGGUGUGGCGUGCUCAUACCUGAGCAGGUGAGGUAGAGGCAGAGGACUCGGCCUGGUGGCAGCUGAGUGCCAGCCCGCUGGUCCCAGGGGUCCUGCCCCGUGCCCUGCGGGCCCCCUGUCCUGCAGGCUCUCUGUCCCACAGUCUUUCCUCGUUGUCACCAGCCCGCAAACUCCGACCGAUGCCCCCCACUUACCUUUCUCGGAUCUUUCUCAACAUCAGAGAGUAAUUGUAAUUUGAAAUGACACAUUUUGGCACCCAAUGCUUAGAAAGUCUCCCCACUGUAGGUGCUACAAUUGUGAAACGAGUGUUUCUAUUUUUUUAAAUAGCUUUUUAAAUUGUAAUU